AUUGUUGUUCUAGCCUCUUGGAGAGAUGGCUUUGUCUCAGAAGCUCCAUGGAGCCUUCAAGGUUACUGUUGAGAGGAUUACAGGACCGCGUACAGUCUCUGCAUUUAAGGAGAAAGGUGUUCUUAGCAUUAGCGAAUUCGUCAUCGCUGGAGAUAAUCUCGUCUCCAAAUGCCCCACUUGGUCUUGGGAAUCUGGCGAGCCAAGCAAGCGCAAGUCCUACUUACCACCUGACAAGCAGUACUUGAUUACUAGAAAUGUACCUUGCCUACGAAGGGCUGCAUCUGUAGAAGAAGAAUAUGAAGCUGCAGGAGGGGAAGUUCUUCUUGACAAUGAAGAUAAUGAUGGUUGGCUGGCUACUCAUGGGAAUCCAAGAGAAACCAAGUGUGAUGAGGAGAAUUUGCCUUCCAUGGAGACCUUGGAAAUCAGCAAGAAGAAGACUAUUCAUUCAAUAUCCUCAUAUUUUGGGGGUGAAGAGGAAGAAGAUAUUCCUGAUAUGGCAGAGUAUGAAGAGCCAGACAAUGUUAUUGAGACAGAUCCUGCAACACUCCAAUCCACAUAUCUUGUGGCUCAUGAACCUGAUGAUGACAACAUUCUGAGGACCCGAACUUAUGAUGUUAGCAUCACGUAUGAUAAAUAUUAUCAAACUCCUCGUGUCUGGCUUACUGGGUAUGAUGAGUCAAGGAUGCUUCUACAACCAGAACUUGUACUGGAAGAUGUCAGUCAAGACCAUGCACGCAAAACAGUGACGAUUGAGGACCAUCCCCAUUUGCCUGGGAAGCAUGCAUCUGUGCACCCAUGCCGACAUGGGGCUGUGAUGAAAAAAAUAAUUGACGUUCUCAUGUCCCAUGGAGUGGAGCCUGAAGUUGACAAAUACCUGUUCUUAUUCUUGAAAUUUGUGGCCUCUGUAAUUCCAACUAUUGAAUAUGACUACACAAUGGACUUUGAUCUAGGGAGCACCAGUCAUUGAUUUGUGGUAACACCUCCCAAAUGGAAAGUUUGGAUGUAAAAUAUUGAUUCUGGGAUGCAAUUCCAAGCUCUGAUCCGUGUACAUAUUAUCUAUAGUUUUAUACAAGAUGAUGGAACAACUAAAUUUGUAUCUUAUCGAUAUCAUUGAUUGU